AUGGCGGCAGCACCAGCAAUCCUGCUCAAAGGGGGCACUCUGCUUCUCCACGACGACAGGGAUCACGUGAACCCGCUACGACAGACUGACAUCCUCAUCCAGGCCAACCGUAUUGCCAAGAUUGGCCAGGGCCUUGUCGCACCCGCUGGCGCUGAGCUUGUCAACUGCAGCGGCAAGAUCAUCAGCCCCGGUUUCGUCGACACGCAUCAUCACUUGUGGCAGACACAGCUCAAGGGAUGUCAUGCCGAGCAGUCCGUCUUUGACUACUUGGUAACAGGCUUCUGGCAGAGCCAUGUGUACAAGCCUCGGGACAUGUACUGGGGCCAGCUUGGAGGAGCUUUGGAAGCAAUUAACUCUGGAACAACUUUUGUUCUGGAUCAUGCCCAUGGAAACCAGACGAAUGAACAUGCGACCCAAGCUCUAUCUGCAACCAUAGCUUCAGGCAUCCGCUCUAUAUUUGCUUACUCCCACCCUCCGUACUUUACAAAAUGGGAUUCGAAGACCUGUGAGCUUUCGCGCGAUAUCAUGCCGGAGUCUACCAUGGCACAUAUCUUCAAGCUCGCCAAGUCCCAGCCAUACGGUAACGGCAGGGUUCAGAUCGGUUUCGGGUUCGACUACUGGUUCAUGCCCAAGGAGGCUAUCAUAGGCAUCUUCUCUGGAUUGCGUAACGCAGGGGUCAAGCUUUUCACGUCUCACUACGCGAAAAAUCCGGCUCUAGGAUCCAUGCCACUCAUUCAUACCCUUCAGUCAUAUGACCUCAUCAAAUCACCCAGCGAUAUACUCCUCUCUCACGCGACUGGACUGGACAAGGGAGAGGUAGCUAAGUUGGUCGAGACCAAAGUCCCGGUCUCCAGCACCCCGGACACCGAGGCCCAGAUGGGUUUCGGCUGGCCAGUUGCUUUCACCCACGGGGUCAACACUACGUUCGGUGUCGACUGCCACACGAGCAGCACGAGCUCCAUCCUCUCUCUUGCCAGGUCUGCAUCGCACAUGGCCCGCCAGCGCGACGCGGUUGCGGAGACGGAUGGCGGCGAUGGGGCUCCUCGUCGGAUGCAUCUCCAACCGAGGGGCAGCACUCUGGAGGCAUUCAAUGCGGCCACCAUCAACGGGGCACGGGCGGUGCUUCUCAGUGACCAGAUUGGAUCCAUCAAAGAGGGCAAGCUAGCAGAUCUGGUAAUAUUCGAUGCGGCAGGCAGCCUGGGGAUGAGCUGUGUCUCUGAGUCAGAUCCACUGGUUGCAGUUGUGCGGCACAGCGACGUGCGAGAUGUGGAGGGCGUCAUUGUUGACGGGGUCUGGAGGAAGAAGAAUGGGAAGAUCUGCCCGGUCCGUGUUGAAGAUACGGGCGACGCCUUGGAAUGGCCUGACAUUCGGGAUAAGCUCCUGCAGAGCCAGUCUGACAUUAAGCAGAGGCAGAAGGAUCUGAACAUGGACAAGGCGAGGGACGCCCUCAUUGCCAUGUUCCACAUUGACAAGAGUAAACUCAUUGAGAAGCCAAGGGAUUAG